CCCUCGUUUCUCGGGCCCUCGUUCCUCGGUCCAGCUCUCACGCACGGCGGCGCGCACGCAUCGCAUCGCAUCCAUCCAUCCAUCCAUCCAUCGGACAGCCGACAGACGCGCGACGGCGUCUACCUACGGCUCGGCCUACGCACGCGCACGACAGCGACAGCGACAGAAACACCUCUAAAGCACGCAAGAUGUCGAACCGCCCGCCCUCAUCCACGCCCGACGUCCUCCUCUACUUCCUCGCGCUCUUCGUCCCGCCCGCCUCCGUCUUCGUCAAGCGCGGCUGCGCCGCCGACUUCCUUAUCAAUGUGUGCUUGACGAUUCUGGGCUGGAUUCCGGGCGUUAUACAUGCUUGGUGGAUUGUUUCGAGGACCGAGGAUCGGUAUUAGGGUCCGUGUGUGUGGGGAUGAGUUAUGGGAGUAUGGAUAAUGGGGAAUGGGGUAAUGGGAAGGGAUGAGGGGGUUGUGGUUGUUGUGGUGGUGGUGAUGGUGUCGG